ACAUCCCUGAGUAAGUGGAUUAUAUUGAUAAUUAAAAAAAAACUUUAUUUCUAUUGGUUUCAAUUUUGUCUUGCAGUCAGCAUCCUUCUUGGAAACUGAGAAGGAAUAUGGCCAAUUUCACUACAGUGAGUGGGUUUCUCCUCAUGGGAUUUUCUGCCAAGCCUGAGCUAGAAGUCUUAUGGGCCUCUCUGUUCUUAGUCUUAUACUUAGUGGCUUUAACUGGCAACACACUCAUUAUCGCUGCAACUUCCAUGGAUGACAGUCUCUACUCCCCUAUGUAUUUCUUCCUCAAACAUCUUUCCUUCUUAGAUAUAUGCUAUAUCUCUGUGACGGUACCAAGGUCCAUUUGUAACUCUUUCAGGCAUACUAGCAAUAUUUCCCUCUGGGAAUGCAUACUGCAAUGUCUGGCUUUUGUUCUCUGUGCAUCUGCUGAGCUGGCCAUGCUCACAGUGAUGUCCUAUGAUCGCUACGUGGCCAUCUGCCUUCCCCUGCGCUAUGAAAUCAUCAUGAAUGUCAACACCUGUAUUCACGGAAUCCUAGCCGUCUGGAUCAGUGGGGUCGUCUCUGGAGUUAUGCACACAUCUGCUACUUUCUCCAUCCACUUCUGUGGUGCCAACGUCAUCCACCAGUUCUUCUGUGAGGUUCCCCAGCUCCUAAAACUCGCCUGUUCUAAUGAGUAUGUCCGUGAGCUUGGGGUCACGGGCUUUGUGUCCUUGGUGGCAUUUCUUUGCUUCCUCUCCAUUGGCUUCUCCUACACACGCAUAUUCUCUACUGUGCUGAGGAUCCCAUCUGCCGAGGGGAGAGCCAAGGCCUUUGCCACUUGCCUCCCCCAUCUAGCUGUGGUCACACUGUUUCUCUCUACUGGUGUCUUUGAGUUUCUGAAGCCACAUUCUGACUCUCCAACUGCAUUAGACUUUUUGCUUACUCUUUUUUAUACUGUUCUGCCUCCCACACUUAAUCCGAUGAUCUACAGCCUGAGAAACAAAGCCAUGAAGGCAGCUCUACAAAGGGUUGUUAAAAGAAGAAAAGCCUACCUCUUUUGCUGAGUCACGUCUAUCCCUUCCUCAUU